AUGGAUAUUAUUCGAACUUUUCUUGAAAACGAACGCGCAAAGUUUAUCUCUGCACGCGUUUGCAGUUACUACAAGUUAGCACCAAAUAAAUGGGAAGAUCUCCUUAAGGAUGAUGAUUCCCGUGGAAACCUUCAACGUUUCCUUGGUGAUAAUUUCCAUAAUAAUCUUGUCUUUUUCCAGAACAACAAGAACUUUUUAGUCUGCCAUCCAACAGACUAUACAAAGGGCAAGCGUGCUAUCGUCUGCUACAAGUCAUAUAUGCCAAAACCAGAUGAUGCAAAGGAUUUCAUCAAAUGCUUAAACUUUGUUGAAAUUCCAAAGAACCCAAUCAACUUUGCAUACAGAAUGACCGAUAAGGUUUACUCACCACUCGCUAAGUCUGAAAACAAUACAUCUCAAUACUCAAAGCCAGUCAUUAAUGACAUCAUCACGACUAUGAGUGAGAUUACAGGCAGCUUCUACAUCCUUUCCGGCAAGGCUCAGGGCAAUACAGUCCUUACACAGCCAGCCAAGGAAUUAUUAGAUGCUCCAGAGUCCCCAUCCCGCCUCCAUGCAUUUGAGAACCUUGUCAUCCAGUGGGUCGAGCAAAUGGAUAACCUUCUCCAGCAAGAAUUCCCAGAUAAUGAGAAAUUAACUCCAAUUGAUGAAGUUAAGUACUGGGAGAAGCGUAAGGAAAACCUCGAAUUCCUCAACGAACAAAUUACAUCUGAGGAAAUCCAGAAGGUUAUUGAGACACUCCGUACAUCCUCCCCACAAUUCGCAACACAGUUCGAAUCAGUUUCAUCCGGCGUUUCUGAUGCGCUCGAUCUCGCCACAGAAACAUCCCGCUCAUUAUAUCCAAUCCGUACAUUCGUCGAUCAAAUGGACACAAUGAGCCCAGAACUCGAAACAAUGCAUGAAUUCUUCGAGCCAGUCUUCCAUCUUCUUUACCUCAUGUACACAAAGACUCGCUACUACCAUUCUCCACGCCAUAUCUGCUCAUUGUUACGCCGUAUCACAGAUUUCUUCGCUAAGCAGUUCGCUAUUGCUAUCGAUGGCUCUAGCCUUCUUAGCGGUGAUCCAGCCGAAUCUCUUGAGCACAUUAACUUCUCCAUCGAAAAAUUAAACCGCUUCAACAAGACAUACGCCCAGUUCAAGGAGAAACUUCUUUCUUCCGAGGGAAGCUCCUUCACACUCAACAACCAGGCUGUUAUGCACAACUUCCUCUCAUUAUGCGAUCGUAUGGAGAGAAUCAAACCAAUCGUACAGACAAUCAUCGAAUUCACAAGAUUCGAUAAGACAGAAGUUGGUGGUAUCCACGGUAAGCUUCUUUCUGAGAAGUUCGAAGAUCUUCUCAAGAGCUUCCAGGAUGUCCAGUCCAAGAUUACAGGUAUGGACGAAAACCUUCUCGAAAUUAGUGAUGCUGACUUCGCUCACAUUAUCGAGGAGAUCGAUACAGAAUUCAAUGAUCUUGAUGUCCGCGCCGUUGCUAUCUCAAUCUGGGCUAUUCAGGACGUUUCAUCAAUCGUUUCUCUUGGCCAGAUUCUUUCCGGCUUCAACGCUCUUCUUCGCAGACCAUACUUCAUCACAUCAUUCGCAUCUCAGUACCCAGCCAUUGUUUCACUCUUCAAUAAGGAUGUCGAAGCUAUUUCUCUUACAUACAGAACUGAAAAGACAAAUCCACCAGUUCUCUACGGCAUUCCACCAACAACAUCAGAUUUCAUCUGGUGCAAUGGUCUCAUCGAACGUCUUAAGACACUCGAGGAUACACUUCAAAAUACAAUCCCAGAGAUCUUCAACGAUCCAGCCAUGAUUGAUGCCAUGGCCACAAAGAACGAGCUCCAGGCCAACAUCGAGAAGACAAUGAACGAAAAGAUCACAGCUUGGGCAUCUACAAUUUCCGAUUCAUACAAGGACAAGCUCAAGACACCACUUAUUGUCCGUGAUCCAGAGACACGUCUUCUCUCCAUGAACUUCGACCCAGAACUUCGCCGCCUUCUCGAGGAAGUCAAGCACCUUUCAUCCCACAUGACAAACGAGAUCCCAGAAGUUGCUCGCGAUAUCUACCAGUCGAACCAAGUUUACAUGGAUUACAUGCACUCACUUUCUGUUCUCAUUGAGCGUUACAACCAUCCAGUUUCCUCAAUUGUUGAUGUCGAGCGCCCAAUGUUCCAGAAGCACAUUGACCAUGUUGAUGCCAUUCUUGAACGCGGUAUCACAGAACUCACAUGGGAAGACACAAACUCCAAGGAGUUCCUUGAAGUUGCUGUUAAGGAUGUUUCCAACUUCUCCAACCUCCACAACAGGAGCACAUCCACAAUCACAAACAUCAAGAACAAGAUUGCUCAGUGGAAGGUUCCACCGCUCUUCGCUCGCCAGGACACAAAGAAGUCCCUCGAUCAGAACGAAGUUAACAACACAAUCACAAACAGAGCAGCAACAAUUUCCGCAGAAUCCGAUAAGAUCAUUUCCGAGGUCCGCUCUUCAGUUUACGAGCUCACACGCGAUCCAAACACACCAGUUGAAAUCGUCGAAGAAGCUCCUAAACCAGUCGAAGAGAAGCCAAAGAAGACAGAGGAAGGCGACGAAGAAGGCGCCGCAGAAGAUGAAGAUGAGGAGAAGCCAAAGGUUGUCGAAGAGAAGCCAUUACCAAAGGUCGAAAUCCCAGACACACCAGAGACAAAGCAGUACUUAGAUUAUGUACAGUCUCUCAUUGUCGACGGAUUCAAGGAGAACAUUCUCUAUUCUCUCAAGAACCUUUACGCCGAUCUCACAACAGUUCAGUCCAACAACUCUGUUCCACUCAUCACAACACGUCUUGAACUUAUCGGAAACGAUGUCAAGUUCAACCCACCACUUCUUGAUGGCCCACAGAACCUUGUUGCCACAUUCAAGGACUGGUGCCAGCGCGCCCUCGAUCUCUCCAAGCUCAUUGGCCCAUUCUACGACAACCAGGCCACAGCCUUCGACAAAGUCUCUGUCGAUCCAGACAUCACAGACAUCAAGGAAAAGAUUCUCCAGUGCGUAGAAUCAAUGUCCAAGAAGUGCAUCAAGUACCGUGAUGACAACUUCUCCAAAUACUCCAAUGUCUGGACACAGUCCCGCGAAACAUACAUCACAGAGUUCAUCCAGAAAGGAUCAGGCACAGCCACAGAUAAGGAUGGAAAGACUUACACAGUUCCUCCAACACUCGAGAUGUUCUCAGAGCGUAUCGGAUUCUACCGUAAGUCACAGUCCGAUAUCCGCCUCAUCCAGGACUCCCACUCCUUCGGCUGGCUCCGUGUUGACUGCCGCCCACUCAAGCAAUCUCUUGACCUUAACCUCGGUAAGUGGGUUUACCUCUUCACACACUACCUCAACAACAGGAUGCUCACACAGCUCAAGGACUUCCAGCAGUUCCUUCACGACGCAAACGCCGGCCUCGACGUCCAAGUCAAGAAGGGCGAUAUCGAUCAGCUCAUCGCCGUUCUCGAAGCCAUGCUUCUCAUCAGAAACAAGGCUCCAAUCUACGACACACUCUUCGAUGAGCUCAAGGAAACAGUCAACGUCCUCAAGCAGCAUGGUGUCACUGUUACAGAUGCUCUUCUCCAGCGCAUUGAUGAAGGUCCAGUUCUCUGGGCUGCCCUCAAGAACAAGUGGACAGAAGUCCAGGAAAAGACUGCUCCACUCCAGCAGGAAGAGACAGCUCACCUCAGACAGAACCAGGAUACAUUCGUCGACCACCUCCAGGAGCUCCGCGACAAGUUCCUCCAGGAACCAGUCUUCACAUGGGAGAUUGGCUACAAGGGAGCUUGCGAACUCAUCGAGAAGUGGGAUACAGAAAUCGACAAGCAGACAGACGAAUUCGAAGAAAUCAAGGCUAACGGUGAACUUCUUGAAUUCCAGACAAACCCAUGCAAGAACUUAACACUCAUGAAAGACGAUCUCAAGCUUCUUACAAACGUUUGGGAGACAACAAACCGUAUCCAGACAGAAUUAUCCAACUGGAAGAACACUCUCUGGUCAGAAGUCGAUUUCUCACAGCUCCAGAACGAAUGCGAACAGAACACUCGUACAAUCCACCGUAUCGAGAAGCGUGCUAAGGAUUGGGGUGUCUACACAGGCCUCGAUGCUCUCAUCAAGUCUGUUUCAUCCACAAUCCCAAUCUUCCAGCAGCUCCACAACGACAAACUCCGUGAGCGUCACUGGUCCAAGCUGAAGCAGAUCACUGGUGUCGAUUUCCAGAAGACAGUCGAUCUCAAGCUCGGCGACAUCCUCGACAAGAACCUCAUGAGAUAUGCCGAAGAUAUCACAGAAGUUUGCGAUGGCGCUAACAACGAAGUUCGUAUGGAAACAGCUCUUGCCGAUCUCAAGAAGACAUGGAGCACAAUGGAAUUCACAUACAAGGGCAUGGAAGCAUUCCCGGAUCUCCUUGUCCUCAACGUUCCAGAAGAACUUGUUCAGACACUCGAAGAAAACCAAGUUGCUGUCCAGAACUAUCUUUCUUCCAAGAACAUCUCAUUCUUCCGUGUCACACUCGAUGAAUGGCAGGAGAAGCUCAAGCAGGUCGACAAGGUCAUGACAAUCUGGCUCGAUGUCCAGCAGCACUGGACUCACCUUCGUCCAAUCUUCAUCGGCUCUGAGGAUAUCAGAAAGCAGCUUCCAAAGCAGUCUGAGUCCUUCGAAAUGAUCGAUAAGCAGAUGAUCGAGUUUGUCAACAAGCAACAGGCAAACAAGAACGUCGUUGACACUUGCAACCAGCCAGAUAUCAUGAAGUUCAUGGAAAUGCUUCUUCGUGAAUUGACAAUCGUUGAGAAGUCACUUAACGAUUACCUCGAAACAAAGCGUCGUGCAUUCCCACGUUUCUACUUCGUUUCUGCAAACGACCUUCUCGAUAUUCUCUCAAAGGGUCGCCAUCCACAGGAAAUCGAACCACACUUCUCAAAGGUUUUCGAUAACCUCGUAAAGGUCCAGUGGACAGGCCCAGAAUCCUGCAAGGCUAUGAUGUCUAAGGAAGGCGAAGUCGUUGAGUUCGACGAAGAACUCGUUCUCGAUGGCCCUGUCGAAAUCUGGCUCCAGAAGCUUCUCGACUGCGCUCGUGCCACACUUAAGGAGCGCCUUGCCGAAGCCGCUGCUGCCGCUUACGACACAUCACAGCGUCCAUACUGGAUUGUCUCCAACAUCGCUCAGGUCGGUCUUUCCGCCAUCUCCAUCCAGUGGAACAAGGAAGUUAACGCCGCCUUCAAGCAGCUCGAAGAAGGUAUGGAAACAGCUAUGAAGGACUACAACACAAAGCAGAACAAGCAGCUCGACGAUCUCAUUCACCUCAUUCGUGAUGAGAAGGCUGGUCUUACAAAGCUCAACCGCCAGAAGCUUACAAUCGUUUGCCAGAACGAUGCUCACAACAGAGAUGUCGUUUGGCGUCUCAUCCACAACCACGAAGAAACACACGAGUGCUUCGAAUGGCAGAGCCAGCUUCGUUUCUCCUGGGAUUCUGCUGUCCACGACUGCGUCAUCAACAUUAUUGAUGCUAAGUUCUUCUACCAGUACGAAUACCUCGGCUCUCCAUCCCGUCUCGUCGUCACACCACUCACAGAUAGAUGCUACAUCACACUCACACAGUCACUUUCCAGAAUUAUGGGUGGUGCUCCAGCUGGCCCAGCUGGUACAGGUAAGACAGAGACAGUUAAGGAUCUUGCCCGUGCUAUGGGUCAAGUCUGCUUCGUCUUCAACUGCUCUGAACAGAUGGACCACAAGUCUCUUGCUAACACAUUCAAGGGUCUUUCACAGGCAGGUGCAUGGGGCUGCUUCGAUGAAUUCAACCGUAUCGCAGCUCGUGUGCUUUCUGUCGUCGCCAACCAAGUUAAGUCCAUCCUCGAUGCCCUCAGACUCAAGGCUACAGAGUUCAAGUUCGUCGGUGAAGAACUCAUUUCCCUCAAGCCAUCCGUCGGUAUCUUCAUCACAAUGAACCCAGGUUACGCUGGCCGUACAGAACUUCCAGAAAACAUCAAGGCUCUCUUCAGAUCCGUUUCCAUGUGCGUCCCCGAUUUCCAGAUCAUUUGCGAAAUCAUGCUUAUGGCUGAAGGUUUCACAAUGGCCUCCAUCCUUACAAAGAAGUUCACAACACUUUACUCUCGUUGCCAGCAGUUGCUUUCCAAGCAGCUCCACUACGACUGGGGUCUUCGUGCUGUCAAGUCCGUCCUUGUCGUCGCUGGUUCCCUUCGUCGUGCAGAUCCAAACAUGCCAGAAGAUGGUGUCCUCAUGCGUGCUCUUCGUGAUUUCAACAUCCCGAAGAUCAUCACAACAGAUAUGCCAGUCUUCCUCGGUCUUAUCAACGAUCUCUUCCCGAAGAUCGAUAUUCCACGUAAGAGAAAUCUCAAGUGGGAAGCCCAGAUCAAGGAAGUCGUUCUCGCAAACGGCCUCCAGGGCGAAGAUCAGUUCAUCAGAAAGAUCGUCGAACUCGAAGAGUUGUUGAACGUUAGACACUCCGUCUUCAUCAUCGGUGCCGCUGGUACAGGUAAGACAGAAGUUUGGCGUGCUCUUUCCCGUGCAUACGGAAAGCGUGGCACACCAUGCCAGUUCGUCGAUCUCAACCCUAAGGCUGUUACAAACAACGAACUUUUCGGCUUCCUUAACCCAGCAACACGUGAUUGGCAAGAUGGUCUCUUCUCCACAAUCAUGCGUAACCUUUCCAAGAUCACAAACGACAAUCCAAAGUGGAUCGUCCUCGAUGGUGAUAUCGAUCCAAACUGGAUUGAAUCCCUUAACACAGUUAUGGAUGAUAACAAGGUCCUUACACUCGCUUCAAACGAGCGUAUCCCACUUACAACACACAUGAGACUUGUCUUCGAAAUUUCCCACCUCAAAUGCGCUACACCAGCUACAGUUUCCCGUGCUGGUAUUCUCUUCCUUAACGAGACAGAUGUCGGUCCAAUGGCUUACGCUUACUCCUGGAUCGAUCGCCGCACAAACGCUACAGAGAAGAACCAGCUCACAGUUCUCUUCAACAACUACGUCCAGCACACACUCGAACUCAUCCACGCUCAGAUCAAGCACGUCGUUCCAAUCUCCGAUGUCGCAAUGGUCGAGACACUCUGCCGCCUUCUCGAAGGCCUUCUUACAGAGCAGAACGUCCCACAGAACUCCGAUGCUUCAUUGUACGAAUUGUACUUCGUCUUCGCCGCAGUUUGGGCAUUCGGUGGUGCUUGCGAUGACCAGGGUGAGAACCGCAUGAAGUUCAACUCCAUGUGGCGUUCUGAAUGGCGUAACGUUGUCUUCCCACAACAGGGCACAGUCUUCGACUACUUCGUCGAUCCUGUCAAGAAGAAACUCGCUCCAUGGUCCGAAAUCACAGAACCAUUCGAGUACGACCCACAGGUCCCAGUUUCCUCAUCACUCGUCUUCGUUUCAGAAACAAAGAGAACUCACUGGGUUUCAAAGCUUCUCAUCGAAGGAAACCACCCAGUCAUGCUCUGCGGUUUCGCCGGUACAGGUAAGUCCGUCCUUGUCCGCCACCUCCUCAACGAGCUCAACGACAACGACUACAUGUUCCGCGCCAUCAACUUCAACUACUACACCACAUCACAGGCCCUCCAGAACUUCCUCGAAGCUGGUAUCGAAAUGAAGUCUGGUAAGCUUUACGCUCCACCAGGCCAGAAGCGCUGCGUUUUCUUCAUCGAUGACCUUAACAUGCCUAUGAUUGAUACAUACUUCACACAGGAGCCAAUGACACUUCUCCGUCAGCACCUUGACUACGAGCACUGGUACGACAGACAGGCAAUGACACUCAAGGAUGUCAAGAACAUCAACUACAUCACUUGCAUGAACCCAACAUCCGGCUCAUUCACAAUCGAUCCACGUCUUCAGCGCCACCUUUCCACAUUCGCCAUGUCCAUCCCACAGGAUUCAUCCGUCAAGAUGAUCCUUUCCUCCAUGAUCGAAGGCCACAUGAACGCUCUUGCAUUCAAGCAGGAGGUCAAGGAGGCAGCUCCAAAGCUCAUCCCAGCAUUCAUGGAUAUUCAGAAGGCUAUUCUCGACAAGUUCCAUCCAACAGCCAUCAGAUUCCACUACAACUUCAACCUCAGAGAUAUCACAUCCGUCCUUCAAGGCGUUCUCCGUGCUUCACCAGCAGCUGUCAAGACAGGCAAGCAGCUCGCACAGCUCUUCUCAAUGGAAGCUAUCCGUGUCUACGCAGAUCGUAUGAUCGAUCUUGAAGACUACCACCAGGCAAAGGAUAUCAUCGUUUCAUCAUCAUCCAAGAACCUCGACCAACUCUCCGAUGCUCCAUCAUUACGUGAUGAAAUGACAUUCUGCGCCUUCCCACCGGAUGGCGAUGAAGCCAACUUCGAAGAGAACGGCUACGCUCCAAUGGUCAACCUUGAAAUGACAAACAAGGUCAUCAACGACAAGCUCCAGGAAUACAAUGAUUCCCACCCAGUCAUGGACCUCGUUCUCUUCAAGGAUGCUAUCGAGCACGUCGUCAGAAUCGCUCGUGGUAUCACACAGCCAUACGGCCACAUGUUACUUGUCGGUCUCGGUGGUUCUGGUAAGCAGUCUCUUGUCCGCCUUGCCUCAUACAUGGCUGGCUACAACGUCUUCCAGAUCACUCUUUCCAACAACUACGGCAUUGCUGAAUUCAACGCAGAUCUUGUCAAGGUCUUCCUUCUCACAGGUGGUAAGAAGCAACCAACUGUCUUCUUGCUCACAGACACACAGAUCCUUUCUGAGAAGUUCCUCAUCCCAGUUUCCGACUUCCUUUCAACAGGCGUCCUUCCAGACGUCUUCGCUCCAGAUGACUACGAGUCCAUCUACUCAGCUGUCAAGGGCGACAUGAAAGUUGCUGGUAUCCAGUUCUCACCACAGGAUGCUCUCAAGUUCUUCACAGAACGUGUCCGCAAGUACCUCCGUAUUGUCUUCUGCCAGUCUCCAUCAGGUGAAACAUUCCGUAUCCGUGCACGUAGAUUCCCAGCCCUCGUCAACUGCAUGACAAUCGACUGGUUCCACGCAUGGCCAGAGGACGCUCUUUACUCCGUCGCCAAGAGAUUCCUUGCAGACCUCGACCUCGCUGGCAACGAUCCAGAAGUCGUCGUCAAAUUCAUUGCCCAGGCACAUACAUCCGUUGUCGAGAUUUCUCAAGAUUACCUCGACGAUGAGCGCAGAUACAACUACGCUACACCAAAGUCAUAUCUUGAACUCAUCUCAACAUUCCGUCAGACACUCAAGAAGACUCGUGAGACAAUUGUCAACAACACAGAGUACUUCUCACAGGGUCUUAAGAUGCUCCAGGGCUCAUCUGAAGGUGUCGAGAGAAUGAAAGUCGCUCUCGAAGCCAAGACAAAGGAAGUCGCUCAGGCACAGCAGGAGUGCGUCACAAUGAUUGACGAAAUCACUGCAAAGGCUGCCAUUGUUAAGAAACAGUCAGAUGCCGCUCAAGUCGAACGUGCAAAUGUCGAAAAGUCAGCUAAGGAAGCAGAAAAGAUCAGAGAAGAUGCUGAAUCCGAUCUCAAGAAGGCUAUUCCGAAGAAGGAACAAGCUGAACUUGCUAUCAAGGAUCUCGAUAAGAAGGCUAUCACAGAACUUGCAUCCUUCCCAACACCACCAGGCCGUGUCGAAGAUGUCAUGCCAGCUGUCGUUCUCAUUCUCUCAGAAGGUGGCAGACCAGCACGUGAUACAUCAUGGAAGGCCGCCAAGAAGAUCAUGGCUAACACAUCCAACUUCAUCCACAGGCUCCAGACACUUCCAGAAACAUGGUCUAACGAUAUCAUGGAACUCACAAAGCAGAAGGUCGCCAAGUGGGGUUCCCAGUUCACAGAAGCUGAUGUCAGAAAGUCAUCCACAGCUUGCGCUGCUCUCUACAACUGGAUGAUGAAGAUCCUCGAAUACCACACAAUUCUCCAGGAUAUCAUUCCAAAGCAGCAGAAGGCUGAGUCAGCUGCAGAAGAAGUCGCAACACUCAAGGCACAGCUCGCAAAGGCUGAGAAGAAGCUCGCUGAUCUCGAAUCCAACCUCAAGGCACUCAAGGACCAGCUCGAACUCAAGAACGCUGAAAAGGCAAAGGCUCAGGCUGAUGCCCAGGAAAUGUCCGACAGAAUUAAGCGUGCUACAGACCUCGUUUCAGGUCUCGGUGGCGAAGGUGAACGUUGGAAGCUGAAGAUCGCCGCUUACAACGAGGAACUCACAUCCCUCGUCGGCGAUUCACUUCUCGCAGCCGCUUUCGUUUCAUACUGCGGUCCAUUCACACGUGCUUACCGUGAGCGCCUCAUCAACGAUCGCUGGAAACCAUUCCUUGCCAACGGUGGCGUCAAAGUCGCCAAGGAUCCACUUGGUUUGCUUUCUGAUGAUGGUCUUCUCGCUGCCUGGUCCAACCAGGGUCUUCCAAACGACACAGUCUCCAUCGAGAACGCCGCUAUCACAACAUCCACAUCCCGCUGGCCACUUCUCAUCGAUCCACAGUUCCAGGGCAUCAAGUGGCUCAGAAACAACGUCGCCAAGGAUCUCGUCGUCCUUCGUUUCGGCCAGGAUAACUUCAUGAACACACUCACAAACGCUGUCGAAAAUGGCUUCCCAGUCAUCAUCGAAAACGUCGGUGAGACAUUCGAUCCAGUCAUCAACCCAAUUCUCGCCAGAAACGUCAUCAAGAGAGGCUACAGAAACACAAUCCAACUCGGUGACCGCGAAGUUGAAUUCAACAGCAACUUCAAGCUCUUUCUCCAGACCAAGCUCGCCAACCCACACUUCCAGCCAGAAAUUCAGGCCCAGACAACAGUCAUCAACUUCACAGUUACACUCGAUGGUCUUGAAGAGCAGCUUCUCGGUAACGUCGUCAACCACGAAAAGGAAGGCCUCGAAGAGAAGAAGGCCGCUCUCAUCAGACAGAUGAACGAAGAUAAGAUCACAAUGGGCAAGCUCGAGAAAGAUCUUCUCGACAGACUUAAGAAUCCAAAGGGUUCACUUAUCGAUGAUCCAGAUCUCAUGAACACUCUCGACAUCACAAAGAAGACAUCCGCAGAACUUACAGUUCGUGUCGAGAAGGCUAUUGAGACAUCCCAGGAAAUCAACAUCCACCGUGAAGCAUAUCGUCGCGUCGCUUCUCGUGCUGCUCUUCUCUACUUCAUCUUAGUCGACUUGGGCAAGAUCGACCACAUGUACCAGUUCUCUCUUGCUGCCUUCGUCACAGUCUUCAUCAAGGCUAUGGACGAAGCAGAAGCCUCCAACAACCCAGUUGUCCGUGAGAACUCUCUCAUCGACUCCAUCACAUUCAAGACAUUCAGAUGGGCUAUGAGAGGUCUCUUCCAGCGCCACCAGAUCAUCUUCACAGCACUUCUCUGCUUCAGAAUCCUUCUUGCAGACAAGCAAUCCGGCGCUAUCAAGCCAGAUGAGUUCAUGGCUCUUCUCCGUAACCCACGUAACACAGAGUUCCAGAACCCAGCUCCAGACUGGCUCACAGAUGCUUCCUGGACAUCCAUCUGCGGUCUCAACUCACUCGACGCAUUCAAGACAAUCCCACAGGAUAUCACAAUGCGUACAAAGCCAUGGCAGAAGUGGUGCGACCAGGAAACACCAGAACUCGACAAGCUUCCACUCGAUUACAAGAACAAGACAGAGUUCCAGAAGCUCCUCGUCAUCCGUGCUCUCAGACCAGAUAGAAUGGUCAACGCUCUCACAUCAUUCGUCGCCAACCAGAUUGGUGAGAAGUACACAUGGGAUGUCACAUUCUCAACAAAGGAGACAUUCUCAGAAACAGACAACAGAAUGGCUGUCUUCUACAUCCUUUCCCCAGGUUCAGAUCCAAUCAAGGAUGUCGAAAACCUCGGCCGCAAGAUGGGCUUCUCUGCAGAAAAGGGCAACCUUUACAACGUUUCUCUCGGUGAAGGCCAGGAACAGAACGCCCUUAACAGCCUCACAAAGGCUGCAAAGGACGGUGGCUGGGUCAUCAUCCAGAACUUGCACCUUAUGGGCAACUGGCUCAUGAUCCUCGAGAAGCACAUCGAGAAGCUCAGACUCGGUGAGUUACACGAGACAUUCAGAAUCAUCUACACUGGUGAACCAUCAACAGAUAUCCCAGCUGGUAUCCUCCAGAACUCUAUCAAGGUUACGAACGAACCUGCCCGUGGUACAAAGGCCAACUUGAUGCGUGCUCUCAACCUCUUCUCCGAUGAGACAAUGGAGCAGUGCCAAAAGGAUCGUGAAUUCAAGGCUCUCUUGUUCCACCUUUGCGUCUUCCACGCUAUCAUGGUCGAAAGAAGAAAGUUCGGUCCACAGGGCUUCAACAGAAUCUACAACUUCUCUGCAGCUGAUCUUCAGAUCUGCUCAGAACUUCUCUUCGAUAACCUCGAUAACUCACAGCCAAUUCCAUGGGUCCCACUCAGAUACCUUAUCGGUGAAAUCAUGUACGGUGGCCACAUCUCUGAUGACCGCGACCGUCGUCUCUGCGCUACAUACCUCGAAUCCUUCGACAAGGAGGACUUCGAAGGCGCAGAACUCGUUCCAGGCUUCCCAUCUCCAACAAACUGCUCCACACUCGCUGAGUACAAGGAGUACGCCACAAGAGAAUUCCCAGACGAGUCCGCCUACUUGUUCGGUCUCCAUCCUAACGCCGAAAUCGGUUCCCUCACAACACAGACAGAGUUCAUCUUCUCCACACUUCUCAAGGUCCAGCCAAGAUCAUCCUCGAAGAAGGAGGGUGGCGAAACACCAGAAAAGGCUGUACAGAACGCUGCUGAACAGAUCAACAACGCUGUUCCAGAGCCAUUCAACAUGACAGAGCUCUACGGCAGAGUCGAGAAGCACGAGCCAUACGUCUCAAUCUGCCUUCAGGAGUGCGAGCGUAUGAACAUCCUCAUGGCCGAAAUCAAGCGCUCACUUUCCGAGUUGCUCCAGGGUCUCAACGGUGAACUCACAAUUUCCGAAGAGAUGGAUGCCCUCAUGAACUCCAUCUUCAUCAACAAGGUCCCACCGUCAUGGGAGAAGCUCGCCUACCCAUCACUCAAGCCUCUCAUGCCAUGGUGGAAGAACCUCCUCGACAGACACAAACAGCUCCAGGACUGGUCCGCCGAACUCACACUUCCUAACUCUGUUUGGCUCCCAGGUCUCUUCAACCCAUCAUCAUUCCUCACAGCUGUCGCUCAGUCCGCUUCCAGAAAGAACGGCUGGCCACUCGACCAGACAGUUCUCACAGUCGAAGUCACAAAGAAACAGGAGUCUGAGAUCGACACACCACCACGUGAUGGUGCUUACAUCCACGGCUUGUACUUGGAAGGCGCUCGCUGGGAUUCAAAGAUGAACUCCCUCAACGAGGCUUACCUCAAGGAGCUUUAUCCACAGCUCCCAGUUAUGUACAUCCGUGCUGUCUACAUCGAUAAGCCACAGGGCCGCGCUGCUACAUUGUAUGAAUGCCCAGUUUACGUUACAAAGAACCGUGGUCCAACAUUCGUUUCAUUCUUCAACCUUAAGAUUAACCCAUCAAUCGGUACUCCAGCUCACUGGGUUAAGCGUGGUGUCGCUAUCCUUCUUGAGGCUGAAUAA